UGCGGGGAUUCAGGCAUAGGAUAUUGGAGGUUGUCAAGCUCGAUUCACCAUUUUUGGCGAUGCAUCCGGGGAUUAUAUCCACUGGGUUGCGGAGUCUGUUUCGGUCGCAGGGGAAGGGUCCUUUCGAGGAG